AGCUGCUAUUUUGGAUAGGUGGUGCGGUAACACAUCGCAGUCUAUCGAAGAGUCGCAAAGAUACCUCUUACAGCGGGUACCUCAAGCAUUUGCCGGAAGCAAGCAUGAGCUAACAUCCAAAAAUAUCUUCAGCCUCAAUGAGUGGUAGAGUAAGUCUCAGAUGAUUAUCUUGAUGAUGACAGGAUUGAUGGGUGUUGACCUGGACGUUAUGCGCUCGCUGAAUGCCUCGCCGGAAUGAACGUAGCGCCCAUUUCUCCACACAGCCCGGGUUCACAAUCCAUCUCCCCACUCGACACACAGCUAUGAUGACGUACCUUCAAGUAAAGAAAUCCCGAACAUACAUCCUUCUUGGCCUACAAUCUUGGUCUCCACUUAUUGCCGUCGAUCCCGAAACGGAUCGGCAAAGGCGCAUGUCGCACCCGGAUUUCAGCAGUCACGACAACAGAGGGGAGCCGAGGCACAGACCACUUGCAAACUUCACCUCAACACCAUACCGUCAUGACCGGCAAAAAAGGCCGCUUUUGAUAGAGAGAAUAAGGUUUCUCCGGACUGCACGCCCCUUCUUAUUACACGAUGUCACAAAGCUCUUGAAAUUUGACCGUAAGAGUGGUUGCCAGACUGUCUCUUCGAUACCACCCUGGCUGCAGAAGCCAUCAACAACGUUGCACAGGAAUGAGAAGUAUAUUCAGAUGUUCUCAGAGACUAGAUUGGGAGAAGACGCUUGCUAUGCAUCGAGUCAGCAUUACGGUAGAGGUCACUCCAUCUGCUAUACGUGUAGCGUCAUCAUCCUGCAAGGGGAAUCCACUGCAUUAGUUUUGGAAUGCAAAUACGAAUUCUGUGGUGUGAGCGCCUACUUGCGGACAAUUCUUCGGGCGUCGAGCAAUGCCAAUAACCUGAUCGCUCGGGACAAAAAGAGACCAGAGUUUAGAACUUUAUGCUAGGUCAUUUGAAUCUUGCAGAAUGCUCUACACUUCGUCCCGGUGUGGAUUUAGUACCACAAGACGUGAAGGCAGUAAGAGCUUGGGAGAUCUUCAAGACGAUGUUAUCGACCUACGUUAAUGUAUAUUACCAAGAUCGACACUCUGGCAGCGAUCUAUUGAUAUUGACGGGUCAGCUGAUGUGAGGAAGAUCCAGUGAAAUGCGAGAAAUCUUGCUCUGCAGUGGUUAUGCACAUCAUCUCAAAUCCAUUCACUAUUCGCAGGCACCAGGGCAGAUCAGGCGCGCCGUGAUUUACCGGUAAACAAGCAAGAUAUCCCCAAUCUCUCUUUGGUGGAUCCAAACAAACACGCGACCGAUUCGUGUUACGUUGUGGAGUGAA